GCUGGUAUACAGCUACCGAGUAUACUAGUUUGUGUUAGUUGAAAACGAUGAUGUAUAUUUUCCUAAACCACUAAUGAAAUGCUAAAACAAUGACGACUCAGAUUUGACGCAAAUCGUGUUCUCUUCACUGAAAGUCGCAGUUACAAGUCUUAAACCAACUGUGGGUUAAAAACAGCUAACGUUGCUGUACGGACACUUCCCAAUGUUAGAUUCAAUGCUGCCUGUACAGUACUCCACAUUACCUUGAUACGAAGUUUCUACGCAUCCACCUUGUGAGUUGGGAUUGUGUUAUGAAGAAGAGAGGGAGGCGCGUACGGCUGCCCGAUGUGCCCGCAGGUCAGAGAAAACAAACUCAGUCAGUGGCGGGGGUCAAGAAACCUACCGUGCGGCAAAGAAGACACAAUAAUGCUGCAAAAACAACUCCAUCAUCAGUUGCAUUUGAUGGAUAUUUCGAGGAUGUUGGUGCAAAUGACAAAUCUGCAGGAUUACAGUUGAGCACAACAGUAUCUAUGGAGACAGAAGGGGAGGAGCAUCCAGAUAACAGAUCAAAGAAAUCAGGUAUGCACAGACUUAGCACUGCAUUCUGUCGACUCUGUCAUGGAAAGUUCUCACCACGGAGGCUGCGACAUGCCUUCGACAAGUGGCCAGGGUCAUCGGAUGGGCUGCCUGAGACAGAGACGGCCCAGUCGCCACUGCUUUUCUACACAGACUUUCAGCGCCUUGUUGGAGUGCCGUUGAACCGGGAUCCCCGUCUUUCACAGUUUGUCUGUAAGAACUGUCACACAAAAUUCUACAAGUGCCACACUAUCCUGCUCACAUUUCUACAGAGGGUAAACCUCUUGCCCACUGUGAAUGUGCACACCAGAGACAGGAAGACUACAGAAUGCUCUCGAGAAACGCUAGAUCCCUCCUUUUUGUCACCCACCAUCUCCUCUGAUCCCAAGUGUCUUCAUAGCCUGGUGUCCUGGGCCCACCACCACGCAGAGGACUGCCGCUCUUGCCCUGACCUGAAGGAGGUGUUGGAGGGGCAGGAGGGGCAGCGCUGGGGCUCGGUCAGGGCCGUCUGGGGUUGCGUGGAUGGACAUAGGUAUGUGAUGGACACACAGACCAGUCCGCCCAGAGCAAACCCUGGCCACACCGAGAGUGAUCCCCUGCUGGAAGGUGAGCAGCAACCCAGGGGGGAGAGAACCCAUGUGAACACCACCGUGGCCCAGCCCAGUCCUGCUGCUACCCCUCAGACUCAGAGCUCCAUUCACACUGAUGCCACCACUAGUGCAGAUGAAUUUCUGUUUGGUGAAGAGACUCCCUCCCCAGCAUCAGCACCACUUAUGGACAGGACAGGAGACAGUGACCUGUCUGACAGGAACGUGUCCAGUGAGGAUGAGUUUGAAGAUAAAAGGAAACAUGGAUCUUCUGAUGAAUUAUUUGAACCAUACCCAGAGAAGAAAGUUGCCUCCCCGAAGAAAAGAACCAGAAGAAAGGAAUCAAAGGGUCCAGAGGAGCCUCAACAGCCUAAAGUGAGAAAAAAGCCAGGACCCAAGCCUGGCUGGAAAAAGCCCAUAAAGUCAGAAAGAGAGGAGCUCCCCAAUAUCUACAAAUGCCCAUACCAGGGCUGCACAGCUGUGUACCGAGGUGCGGAUGGCAUGAAGAAACACAUUAAGGAGCACCAUGAAGAGGUCCGCGAGAGACCCUGCCCCCAUCCUGGCUGCAACAAGGUCUUCAUGAUUGACCGUUACCUGCAGCGACACGUCAAACUCAUUCACACAGAGGUGAGGAACUACAUCUGUGACCAGUGUGGGCAGACCUUCAAGCAGAGGAAGCAUCUGUCUGUGCACCAGAUGAGACACUCAGGAGCCAAGCCACUACAGUGUGAAGUGUGCGGUUUCCAGUGCCGCCAGAGGGCAUCCCUAAAAUACCACAUGACCAAACAUAAGGCAGAGGCUGAUCUGGAAUUUGCGUGCGGACUGUGUGGGAAGCGCUUUGAGAAGGCCCACAACCUCAACGUCCACAUGUCCAUGGUUCACCCUCUCACACAAGCCGCUUCCGGAGAGAACGCUGACAGCCCCCCCAACCCUGCAAACUCCAACAUGCAGAGCGUCACGGACAUCGGGGAGAUGAACCCCUACACUAGCUGACAACAACCACAGUGUCCAUUGAACCACAACAGGGGCCCUGCACAAGAACUCGGGUGUUGAGUGUGAUGCCUGCUGGAACUGAUUGACAUGAGAUGUAGAGUUUUUUUUGUUUUUUUUAACCAACUUGGACUGUAGAAUAUAACAGUUCCUCUGGAGUGUAGGUAGAAGAAACCUGAAGGGUCUAAGCCAUGAAAUGGUGUGCUCUUGUUCUGGUCUUGAUGCACUGUUCUGUGGUUUCUUCACUGAUGUCAGUGUUAAAGACAGUUGACACGUGGACCACCUACGCUCCAAACCCACAGUGUAUUUGAUAGUGUAAAUUAAUACAUGUGUAGAUAAAUGCUUUUUUUUAAUUAAGCUGUAAAACAGGCUCUUCUGUGUACUGAUACCUUUUUACAAUGCAUAAACAGUGUUUUCUCACACACACACACACACGUUAACCAGAAACUUCCGACCAAGGUCUCGGUGUCCUCACUCUAAAAUAGCUUUCUAAUGUUCAUCAGGAAAGACCAGAUAGUCGGUAUGUCCAAGAAGCACCUUCUGCCAAAUUCAUCACAAGAAGUCCAGCUCUGGGCUGAGGCUGGAAGCACUGAGGUGAGAGACCAGAGCAGCAGUCACCUCAGGGUCCAGGUGACCACACAACGUCUCCAGCUAGGGACAGGAUAGAGAGGGUCACAACUAUCCAUGAGGUUCAAUGCAUUUGGAGUCUGCUGUUGUGGUAAAAUCCAUGAAUAAAUCAUAGCCUGUAUGUGUGUGAUGUUUGAUAUUUGUGAUAUCCUAAUAAAUGAACAAUAUCAUAUC